CCACUCUAAAUUAUUCAGAAGAAGAGCUUUGAUUAAAAGACCCAGAAAAGAAAAGCAAAAAAAAAAAAGAAAAUUCUCUCUGAAUCCAUGGCAGCCUCAGCAAUCCAACAAUCUGCCUUUAUUGGCCAAACUACUUUGAAGUCACAAAAUGAAAUUGUUAGAAAGGCUGGUGCUUCCGGUGGUCGCUUCACCAUGCGUCGCACAGUCAAGAGUACUCCGCCAAGCAUAUGGUAUGGGCCAGACCGCCCAAAGUACUUGGGCCCAUUCUCCGAACAGACUCCGUCGUACCUCACCGGAGAGUUCCCCGGAGACUAUGGCUGGGAUACCGCUGGGCUCUCCGCCGACCCAGAGACCUUCGCAAAGAAUCGGGAAUUGGAGGUGAUCCACAGCAGAUGGGCUAUGUUAGGUGCAUUGGGUUGUGUCUUCCCCGAAAUUUUGUCGAAAAAUGGAGUCAAGUUUGGUGAAGCAGUUUGGUUCAAGGCAGGCUCACAAAUCUUCUCUGAAGGUGGUUUGGACUACUUGGGCAACCCUAACUUGAUUCAUGCUCAAAGCAUCCUUGCCAUUUGGGCAAGCCAAGUUGUACUCAUGGGCUUCGUCGAGGGCUACCGGAUCGGCGGAGGUCCAUUGGGUGAGGGCCUAGACGCUAUCUACCCAGGCGGAGCCUUCGACCCAUUAGGCUUGGCCGAUGACCCCGAUGCAUUUGCCGAGCUCAAGGUGAAGGAGCUCAAAAAUGGCCGGCUGGCUAUGUUCUCCAUGUUCGGUUUCUUCGUUCAAGCUAUUGUCACCGGGAAGGGCCCGAUCGAGAACUUGUACGAUCAUCUCGCUGACCCUGUGGCAAACAAUGCAUGGGCCUAUGCCACCAACUUUGUUCCUGGAAAAUGAAAGGCCUAAAUGUAAAUCUUUCCUGGGUGGUGUAACAGUAUGAAUGUCGAGAGUUCGGUCUGUAUUGUACUACUUGCUUUGUAUCUGUUCAUCUGUAAGAGCAUAAAAAUUCUACCGUUGCAGUUCUAAAA